AUGCCGUUUGUCGAAACCCUUUGGAAGAAGCAUGGCUUGCUUAGUUGGAAGACUAUCAAGAAUCCCAUAGCUCUUGAUAGAUCGCGCUCUCAAUACCUCAUCUCGACUCAGCUGGAACUUGAAUUCGAGAGCAACAACUUGAACGGCCUAAAAGAGGCUAUGCAGGAUUCCGAGACUUCCAGGAUAUUUGUGGAUUUGCCUAACUUCACCAAUGCUCAGCCUGUUACGCAGUAG